UUUGUGCGGUUUUAGACUGGGAUGAAUACAGCCGUACUCUCUCGGGACUAUUCUUUUUCAAACCCCGGCACCCCCUUGCUGAGUUGGUCGCAAUCAUUGUUUCGCUCCAGCAUUAACCACAUUCCAGAGAGCCGCAGCGCACCCAGUCUGCUUCCUCGCAUUCCAUCUCUACGAACGAGUCCUCUGCCUGAAAUUGUGUUUAAUAGGAAUUUUGACCACAUCUACGAGCUUUUGCGUGCAUGUAGCAAAUAAUUAUAAUGCUCUAGAAUAUUUGCCUCACUUGAAAUUUGUACCUGACGAUUUAAAAGAAAUGUUGAGAAAACUAACAAGGGGAAAUUCCUCCGCGUAGCGCGCCAUUGACUGUAAAGACCUUUCAACUUAACAAAAACUGAAGUUGACAAACGUAUCCUGUCGUUGAAACUUUGAGAAAGAGGUUUAUAUUUUAGAGAAAGAAAACCAUGCACUGCGCUGAGAUUUCCAAGCACAUUGGUCGUUUGGGAAAUGAGCGACGCUUGUAAGCCAGCGUUUUGUUAUGAUUUCCAUGUGAAAUGCAAUUACUGCUAUCUCGUACUCGGUAGUUGGCUGGCUGAGUAGCCUAGUGCACACUCUCUGAACUUGUUUCUCGCCCCUGGAGCAAAACAUGGAUCACUAUGAGGAAGAUUUGGGACUCCGGGCAAGUAAAUUGAUGGAGGAUCUUUCUUUAUAUGGAGCAUACAAAGAUGGGAUGUACAAUGUAAGGAGGGACUUGGUCAUAAACCCUGAUUUAGAUUUUUCGGUUCCAGCGAUACCAGAGCAAAAAAGUAAGACAAUGAAUGGUAACUCUGCGCCGCACCAGCAGCUCCACACCGUUGAAAAUUACAUGUCUGGGAAUAAAGUGUACAACGCGGCUCCCGUGCGCCCCGUGAAUGGCAACCGAGCGGUUCCGGAUUUUUGUACCCCUCAAAGAGACAGCGUUUAUAACGAGGACAGCUAUUGCACCAAAUCCGAAGUUGCUUUGCCGUGUUAUAGCGGCGCGUCUGAGCGGCAUAAGAGGUAUUCCUUGGAAGUGCAGGGGCACAGGUACAGCACCGGUAGCGCAUUCGACGGCGUUAUUCUCAACAAACCUUUACCCAUACCUGGCAACAGAUGCAACAGUAUCUGCGUAACGCCGAACCAUGACGGUAGAUACAGUGCAACCAGCCCUCGUUCGAGUUUAGCAUCUUCCCUGUCCUCUCAGGAGCAAAGCAAACAUGCAAGCCCGAGGUCGAGCAUCAGUAGUCCCCGCACGAGUUUGGUCGUGCCUGGACAAGACAAAUACACAAGUCCCAGAUCCAGUCUGGUACACUGCGAAGGGAGCAGUGUCCUGAGUCCCCGGUCCAGCUAUGCAAGCACAGCCAGCGACACAAGUAAACAUUCCAGCCCAAGGGCCAGUCUGAACAGCUAUGACUGCUGUAGUAAGCCCAGCAGUAACCGCACAAGCGGCAUUAGUAUGGGAUAUGACCAAAGGCACAUCAGUCCCAGGUCCAGUACGGCAAGCCAGUACUCCUGUACCACCAGUCCAAGAUCUAGCUAUUCUGAUUCUCGAUACAUGCCUAUGGGGAACCAUGAUCUUGAUGGUACAGUAUUGCAUGGCAUGCCAAUGACCAGUCCCCGGUCUAGCAUCUGCAGCCAGGAUGGCAGCGCAAGGCCAGGCAUGACAACAAACUGUGUUGUUAGUCCCCGCUCCAGCAUCUCAAGUCACAGUUCUAGAAGUUCUCGUAGCUCAAGGGGAUCUAUGAGCACCUACCCGGAUCUCCAACUGCCCUCGCCUCGCUCCUCAAUGCUUGGGACUAGUUUGCAUGAGGACACACUACUUCAAGAUUUUGGAGAGGCAAAUGGUGUCCAUAAUCGAAUCAAUUUCCAAGCGCUCUCUGCCAUGCCCGAUUUCCAGCCCCAGCAGUCAGCCCAGCCAGGCAUGAGUCCAGAGGUGACUGCCGGUUCCCCAUCAUCUUUCAGUUAUGGGGUAACCUCAAAAAACUCAGCCUCAGGCCAGAGGUUUAAGCUUCCUUACCAGGUGACCCCAUGCAGAGAGAGUGGACCAAGCCAGGCAGAGAGGAGGCUGGAGGCCCUCACACUGGAGCUGGAGAAGGAGUUAGAGAUGCACAUGAAAAAAGAAUACUUUGGUAUCUGUAUCAAAUGUGGGAAAGGUGUGUAUGGAGCCAGCCAAGCCUGUCAGGCCAUGGGGAACCUGUACCACACUAACUGCUUCACCUGCUGCUCCUGUGGGAGGAGACUGCGAGGGAAAGCUUUCUACAACGUCAAUGGCAAGGUCUACUGUGAAGAGGACUUCUUGUACUCUGGUUUUCAGCAGACGGCGGAGAAGUGCUUUGUGUGUGGCCACCUCAUCAUGGAGAUGAUCCUCCAGGCGCUGGGCAAGUCCUACCACCCGGGCUGCUUCCGCUGUGUGGUGUGUAAGGAGGGCCUGGACGGCGUUCCCUUCACCGUGGAUGUGGAGAACAACAUCUACUGCGUGAAGGACUACCACACGGUGUUUGCCCCCAAGUGUGCCUCCUGCAACCAACCUAUCCUCCCAGCCCAGGGCUCCGAGGAGACCAUCCGGGUUGUGUCCAUGGACAAGGACUAUCACGUGGAGUGCUACCACUGCGAGGACUGCGGCCUGCAGCUGAAUGAUGAGGAGGGCCACCGCUGUUACCCCCUGGGAGGCCACCUGCUCUGCCACUGCUGCCACAUCCAGAGGCUCAAGGCCCAGGGCCCCUCCUCCCACCCGCCCCCCAGCUACCCCCUGCAUGUCACCGAGCUGUGAGGGACCGCAGGAAGCCAGGGACAACCACACCUGCCCAGAAGGAAGGGAGACCCGCCCCAUGGACUCUUCACCGGUUGCACAACCCCCAAUCCCCAGGUCUGUCUUUCUGGCCUGUCCCCCUCGCCCCCCCUCCCCAGCGGAGGGGAGGUGGGAGAACAUGGACCUCAUCCAUGACAUCUCCCACUGCAGCCCCAGCAGCACAGGGCUGGGGUGGGAACGAGUCCAUUGCUCUUCUGGCAUCUGUUUUUCUUUUUUUUCUUUUUUUUUUCGCCUACGAACCCUGAGGCCUCCGGCCCACCCAGAGGCCCCAGGUGACGUCACAGCCCUGACCCCUGCACAUGUAUCAAAGAGAGGGGGAUGAGUCGGAAGGGAGGGGGCCACUCUCUUCUUUUUCCUUCUCUCUCUCUCUCUCUCUUUCUCUCUCCCUCUCCCUCUCCUUGUUCUUCUCCACCAUUUAGAUUCAUUCCAUUGUGCUGAGGGAAGCAGUGUGCUACAUUGUGUUGACCACUCCUGUGUCACAGAGAACACUGUGCACGGGGGUUUACCAGCAGGCCGGGGAAGCAGGCCCAUACAUUCCAGCUGGCUGGCAGUGCCUAGGGUGGGCAUGCUGUGCCUUCAGAGUGGAGCCUCAAAGAGGAGCUGGCCCCCGACCCCCCCCCCCCCCUCCCCCAGCACAGUUCCUCUCGGCUAUGCAAGGGUAUCCAGCACCAUUCCCUGACUGUGGAACUCUUACUCCCCUUUCUCUCUGUUCGUGCGCCUUCCCAGACCCCCCGAUGUUCCAGAGCUUUCGCCUCCUGGGAGUACCAAACGGCGGGGACAUUGGAACCACACACUUGCCGUUACCAGGCAGAGCGCCGACACUCA